AGGGGGAUCCACAGGCAGACCACUUGCUGCUUUAUCAGAGUCCUGCCGUACAAGGAAAUAUAUACUGUAUAUAGAUCACCAUCUCUCAGCCUGGCAGACACCACACCUGACUAGACACACUUCUUCUUUGUAGCCCAAUGAUAAUGUAACAUCGCAUGACCUUCAGUUUAUCACAUCCUAGUAAAUUCCAUUGUAGAAUAUAUGUACGGAAUAUAUGUAUAUAUGCAAGUAUCACUGUAGCCCUAUUACUGUAUGUUGCGUUAUCUGCAGCAGGAACCGAACAUGUGGCAGAGGGAUGAGUCGGGAGAGUCUGGACCAUAUGCAGAGUGGAUGGAGAGUGUGCCACAGAGGGGAGGGGAGGAUGUUCUAUAAUCAGGCUGGGAGCUGGGCACACAGGAAUAGGAGAGAGGAGGAGGGUGUGGCAGAGGGAGGCAGGCAGGAGCAGUACACAGAGAUUCCCUGUGUAUGAAGCUGCUGAUGCUGAUGCUGCUCUCUCUCUCCCUCCCGGCUGUGUGACUGUGCUGAGCUGCUGGCAGCAGGUCUCCCCCCGGUGACAGCAGUGCCUGAGCAGGAAAGGAUGAGCAGCCCACCACCACACUGGCACACCUUUCUGCUGUAACUUUAUACAGUAAUCAUCACCUCCACCUGACAGACAUCAGCCGCUGCAUUGAUGAAGAACGUUCUGUGCAAGAAUAAGCCUGUACAUCUCUUAAGAGCCCCUAACGCAUAGUGGGAACAGAAAAGCAUGCCAGUGCAUUGGAUUCUAUUCUAUUUCUAAGUGCUAACAUUUUGUAUCUUGAAGAAAACAAAAUGGGCCUUCAUAUAAAAUCUGCUGGCGACGUCGUUGAAAGCUGGUGUUUGGUGAAAACAUCGCCUCGCCACAACCAGAAGCAUCCUUUUGUCCACAAGAAACUGAGACUUAUUCGAAUACUGGGUCUGUUCCUCAGCAUAACAGCCAUAAGCACUAUGUCCACUUCAAUUGGUGCCUUUUUAAAGACAGAACUUUACAGCAAUGAAAUGAUCAGUGCUACAGACAGCCAUACUCUACUGCAGCGGCAUCAACGAAAUCUGAUGGAGUUUGCAGAACAAAACCAGAAUGAUACCCCAGGAUCUACUAUUUCCAUGAACUACAGAGCAGGAAACAAAUCAGUUUCCAAGGGUGAAUACCCACACGAUAUUUUUUCUUUAGAAGACAGAAAGAGGGGUGCUGUCGUGCUCCAUAUAUUUGGAAUGAUUUAUAUGUUCAUAGCAUUAGCUGUAGUUUGUGAUGAAUUUUUUGUUCCUUCGUUAACAGUUAUCACUGAAAAACUCAUGAUCUCUGACGAUGUGGCAGGGGCGACCUUUAUGGCUGCUGGGGGAUCUGCCCCAGAACUGUUUACUUCAUUAAUAGGAGUAUUUAUAUCUCAUAGCAAUGUUGGUAUUGGGACCAUCGUUGGAUCAGCAGUAUUCAAUAUCCUCUUUGUGAUUGGCAUGUGUGCUAUAUUUUCGAAGGAGGUAUUAAAUCUCACCUGGUGGCCACUGUUUCGAGAUGUGUCAUUUUAUAUUCUGGGAUUGAUUAUGCUCAUAAGCUUUUUUUUGGACAAUAUGAUCCUCUGGUAUGAAAGCCUCCUGCUCCUCAUGGCGUACUUAACCUAUGUUACGUUUAUGAAGUUCAAUGUUCAAGUGGAAAGCUGGGUGAAGAGCUUACUGAACAGGAACAAGGUUGUCAAGGUAUCGUCAGCGACUUCUGAUGGGAAGGAGCAAAGAGAGCAACCCAACAUUCUUGUACAUCAAGAAGAAUCAAGGACUCCACAAGAGCAUGAGGGAGUAGCCAUGGACAUUCGACAUGGAGAUGUGAAUGAAACUGCAGGUUUAAAUGAGACUUGGACUGAGACAAUUGCUUUCCCAAAUAAGACAAAACCGAGAUUACAGCGAGGUGGCAGCUCAGCGUCACUACAUAACAGUCUUAUGAGGAACAGUAUCUUCCAGCUAAUGAUACACACACUCGAUCCUCUCUCAGAAGAACUUGGAGCAUAUGGAAAACUAAAAUAUUAUGACACUAUGAAUGAAGAAGGGAGAUUCAAAGAGAAGGCUUCGAUUUUGCAUAAGAUGGCAAAAAAGAAGUGUCAGGUGGAGGACAGCGAGAGACUAAACGGCGCUGCCAGCUAUGUAGAGAAAAUUGAUCUUCCAAACACUUCUAAUGUUGAGGUUGAGGUGACACCACCCAACGAAUCUACUGAUCCAGUUCAAAAUGGGAAUGUUGCUUACAGCAUUGAAGCCGCAGAAACACAGAUGACAAAUGGAGCAGAGGUUUCUGAGGAAGAUGAGCAUCCUCUUAACUUAUCAUGGCCUACUAAGAAGCGUAAGAGAGCAGUGUACCUUGCUGUGCUACCAAUAGUAUUCCCCUUAUGGAUCACCUUACCUGAUGUCCGCAAGCCAACUUCAAGAAAAUUUUUCCCUAUUACAUUUUUGGGAUCGAUCACAUGGAUUGCAAUUUUUUCAUAUUUAAUGGUCUGGUGGGCACAUCAGGUAGGAGAGACUAUUGGCAUUACGGAAGAAGUUAUGGGGCUCACAAUAUUAGCUGCCGGCACCUCUAUUCCUGACCUCAUAACUAGCGUAAUUGUUGCACGCAAAGGCCUGGGAGACAUGGCAGUAUCUAGCUCAGUAGGAAGUAACAUUUUUGACAUCACAGUUGGUCUCCCUGUGCCCUGGCUGCUCUAUUCCAUGUUUAACCACAUGAAACCUGUGACAGUCAGCAGCAAUGGCCUGUUCUGUGCGAUUAUCCUCCUUUUCAUAAUGCUGCUGUUCGUUAUAGUUUCCAUUGCUAUGUGCAGGUGGAGGAUGAACAAGAUCUUGGGCUGUAUGAUGUUUGGUCUCUACAUGGUUUUCCUGGUUCUCAGCGUUCUCCUUGAGAAUCGUAUCAUCCAGUGUCCAGCUUCUGUUUAGACUUGAAAUAAAUAUAGUGAAACAGAUGCUUCUGAAGAUAAAAGGCAGGUGCUUGUCUUUACCGUCAGAAGGUCAAAAGCAUUUCCAGCGAGUGCACUGACGUAAUUCCCUCAGCGGUUAUAAGAUCAACUUGUGGUUCUUUUAUUGGAGAUUUUAGAAGCUAUACAAACUGUUAUUGUACAUUUUCUAAUGCACGUUGUAUUCCUCUAUUACUCUCUUUGCAUAUGAGUUACAUAUAUAUAUAUUAAUAUGCAGGAUAUACUCAAUAAAGAGAGAUAUUAGAUAAAAACAAAAUCUACUUAUAUAAACUAAUAAAAGUAAUAUCAACUCAUUGGGAUUCAUAUGUGUCAAGUAGGUUUGAAUAGAGUGAGUGUAUCAUUCCCUCACUGUGGAUGUAUUUCAACACUUUUCUGCCUUUAGUGUAGUCUGAAAGGAUUGUUGUGGAACAAGAGAUAUAUUUAACUCCACUCUUUAGUAUAGAAACCACUUGUGCAAUGAAUAUAAUGAAAAUGUAGCAAUCUGGGUUCAGGGUAUGAAAUAUACACGAGAGAUUUAGGUUUGCUGCACACUGUACGGUAUCCUAUGUUUUUACUUACAAUAUAUUUAUUGAUGGCAGUAUUGAAGCACUUCACAUAGAAGAAUCAUAUGGGUGUAAUGUGUUCCAGCCAAGAAGUGCUUACGUUUAAAUUUGGUCAUAAAUGGAUGCUUAAAGAUGACUAAAUAGCAUAACAGGCAUAUGUUCAAGAACUCCUGUCACUCAGUUGCUUGAAUUAAUGUUCCAGGUCGGAAAAAAAAAGUUUGUUGACCUGUUCUGAUUGCAAAGGUGAAGAAUAUUUAUGGCAAAAAAAUAAAGAAAUUUAAAGGAAUAA